UCCUAGAAGUUGGUGUUGCGCUGUUUUACUUGUCAUGUGUAGUCAGUAGUUGUCAUUCGUAGUUGACCAGUUCACCGUGAAAUCAGUAAAACUACUGAAGUGGAAGCACGUGCGUGGUUCUCGUUCCCUUGAAUGUCGUGACUGUAACGUUGAAGAAAACCCCACGCAAGCGCUUGACGACUUCAAAGCGUACUAUGUGAAACGUGUCAAAAAUGCGUUUCUGAAGUUUUCAUGAGGUCUUCGGCACUGCCAUCGUAUCAUCACCGUGUUUGCAUUACUGUGCAAAGAGUGGCCUUUGAGUGACUAGCGUCUGAAGCAGUGCAAUGAGUGAUAAAGACACUCAUUUUGAAGAAUGGGAAGCGCCGGACAAGUCAUUCCGCAAAAUAAUUGUAAAGGCCGGGCGUGUUGGAAAGAGGCCUUUGCACGAGUCGUCUUGCCGGUGUAAUGUUUUAUCGGACGAGGAGGGAAUUGUUGGUCUUGGAAGUGGAAUUCGAACUAAAACCUUAGUUAUCGGGGAUGUUUCGAGCGAAGUGGAACUGGUCCUUGAAAAAUGCUUGAUGACAAUGAACACAGAAGAGAUUUGCGAUUUAUUAUUUACUCUUCCGUUGAGUAUUACAGUGCCGUACAUACCAAAAGCUGCCUACCUCCAUUGCGGCAACCAGCCAGCGACGGACCUCGGCAACGUCUCACGGGCACAAGGGGACGCUUUGAAAGACAUUAAUAAGGAAGCUGGCGAUGUGUCACAUUACAGUGGAGUACCACCUGGGAAGCCUGAUGUGACCCCUAAGAGCUACAGAGUUCGAAUAGAACUGGAAACGUUUAGUAAUGUUCCCCAUGUCUGCGAUAUGACUGGUGCAGACAAGUGGCGACACGCAUGUGAACACAGGGAUAAGGGCAGUCAGUUAUUUUCUGCAAAGCAUUACAGGUGGGCCUUCAGACACUUUAGCUGGUCAUACAAGUAUGUAGUUUCAUUGGAGCAUGAUAAUGUGCCUGAUGAUAUGGCCCCACAGCUAGAACUAGACAUCCAAGGCUUGAAACUGAAGUGUCUUCUGAACCUUGCAGCCUGUCAACUACAUAAUUAUUCCUAUGAUCGUGCUGUUGAGAAUUGCACGCUUGCCCUGGAGAUAGACCCAAACAAUGUCAAAGCCUUAUACAGACGGGGCACUGCACUAAUCCAAUUACAAGAGUACGAGCGAGCAAAAUGUGACCUUGAGCAGGCGAAGCAUUUGGACCCCAAGAAUCUUGCUAUUGAUACAAAGUUGGAGAUUGUAAAGGAGCGCACAUGCAAGCUAAACAAAUAUUUUGCUGUAGCCAUGAAGAAACUGUUUGAAUAAAGCUGCUGAAAUAAGUGUAA